AUGAUGAUUGUAAUACAAACGGUAUUCUUUAAGCAACCAUGGUCAUCAUGGACGGACCGACACACACACACCUUGGCCCCCUACGUCACAAAAUUACGCAUAAUACAAACUGUCAAACUCAUUAUUCCACUUCACUCGACAUUGAUGAUCGGAUUACGUGCUGACCUCCCCGGCACGUGGGAACUACUAGUAGCCAACGCCGGCAUAGCCACCAUGCAUACCGCCGUCACCCGCUUCAACACCGUCGUUCUCCUUGACCGAACCAACAUCGGCCCUACAAGGAAAAUGCUCCGUCCAGGCCACUGCCGUAUAGACCCACAAGAUCCACUUCUGAAACGCGACUGCUAUGCUCAUUCCGCCCUCUUUGACCCUGCUACUGGACUAAUUCGACCCUUGAUGAUCCUCACCGACACUUGGUGUUCCUCCGGUCAGUUUCUCCCCGACGGCACUCUCCUCCAAACCGGCGGCGAUCGUGACGGGGUCAAGAAAAUACGCAAGUUCAUCCCGUGUGAGAAAACAUCGUUUUGUGAUUGGGAAGAACUCGAGGAGGUUGAAUUAGCACAAGGUAGAUGGUAUUCAACCAACCAAAUACUUCCCGACGGGUCGGUGAUCAUCGUUGGUGGUCGCGCCACCGCUAGUAUUGAAUUUUUUCCUUCACGACACGGUGGCGGUGCUGUGAAUUUUCCGUUUCUUGCUGAAGCAGAGGAUACACAAAUGGACAAUCUUUACCCCUAUGUUCAUCUGCUCCCCAAUGGUCACUUAUUCGUAUUUGCCAAGAACAGAGCUGUAUUAUACGACUAUACUAAUAACAAAGUAUUGAAACAAUACCCAAAAUUGGACGGCGGCCCACGUAAUUAUCCGUCGGCGGGUUCAUCGGCGAUGCUCGCUUUGAGAGGGGAUCACUCCUCUGCAACCAUCGUCGUUUGUGGCGGAGCACAAUUUGGAGCAUUCAUUGAGAGGAACACUGAUACACCGGCUCAUGGUAGCUGCGGUCGAAUCGAGGCUACUGAAUUAACCGCUGUUUGGGAAAUGGAAGACAUGCCAUUUGGUCGGAUUAUGGGUGAUAUGGUGCUGCUUCCGACUGGUGAUGUUUUGAUUAUAAAUGGAGCAGAAGCUGGAACUCAAGGAUUUGAAAUGGCAUCCCAACCAUGUUUAUAUCCACUUUUGUACGGACCAGAUGAACCAGUGGGUCUCCGAUUCAUGACUUUAAACCCAGGUUCAGUGCCUAGAAUGUAUCAUUCCACUGCUAAUUUGCUUCCCGACGGUAGAAUUUUGAUCGCCGGUAGCAAUCCACAUUAUUUCUACAAGUUCGAGGCCGAAUUUCCUACAGAAUUGAGAAUAGAAGCUUUUUCGCCGGAAUAUUUGUUGGCGGAGAAGGCGAACAUUCGGCCUACAAUCCUUGAGUUACCUGAGAAGAUACACUACGGAGGUGGUUUUGAUGUGGUGGUGACGACGGAGCUUCCGGUGGUGGGGAUAAUUGAGGUAAAUAUUGCAAGUGCGCCUUUUGCGACUCAUUCAUUCUCACAGGGUCAGAGGCUGGUGAAAUUGGCCGUUUCAAGUGCAGUGCCGGAUGCAGUGGGGUCUUAUAGGAUUUCAUGUACGGCGCCACCGGACGGGAGGGUAGCGCCGCCGGGAUAUUAUAUGGUGUUUGCUGUAAAUACAGGUGUUCCGAGUGUUGCAAAAUGGGUGAAGCUGCUUUAG